AUGUCUGCCAGCGUUGUGCGGUCUACCGCCCUCCGAGCCGGCGGCGCCUGCGUGCGCUGUCGCAAGGGUAAAACCAAGUGCGUCUACGAGAAUGGUCGCGCUCCUUGCAAGAACUGUGCCAAGGGCAUGCACGAGUGCUAUUUGCCCUCCGAGUCCAUGGCGCAUCAUCACGGCCAGUCACCCGCCCGCCAUACCGCCGCUCAUCGUCCUGCGCGUGAGAGCCUGCCUGCCUCGGUCCCGGCCGGCGAUGUGCGUGCCGCCAACCCGGCCUCGACCACGUCUCGUCACGUUCAAACUCCCGAGAAACUUACGCCGGAGCUGAUCCAAGAAUGCGAACGCGUCAUUUCCAAGACGUACCCGGCCUGCGUUGCUUUCCACAAGCCUUCGUUCAUCCAGCAGCUCAAGAACGCCUCUCUGGACCCGGCCCUGAUUUACGCGCUGCUCACCUGCGCCGCUCGAAGCUCCCCCACCCUUAUUAGGCGCUAUGGCGGGCAGUCCGGUGCGACCGGCGCUGCCGAGCACUUCGCAGCUAAGGCCAUGGGCAUCAUCAAUCAGAACCUCGACACUCCCAGCCUAGCUGAGAUUCAGGCCAUCUGCUUGAUCAUCAUUCACGAGUGGGGUUCCCGCAAUGCUGUCCGUGCCUACAUCUACCUGGGCCAGGCCAGCCGCAUGGUCCAGAUGUACCGCAUCCUCCACAGCCACCAUGCGGCCGUCAGUGAUGCCGAUAGGUUCCUUCAGGACGAGUCGUUCCGUCGUGUGCUAUGGCUGCUGUACAUCCUCGACUGCUUGCUUACCAGCACUCCCGGCCGCCAGCCGGCUCUGUCCGCCAACGACACGGCCGACGUCUCUCUGCCGUGCUCCGACAUGAACUUUGCUUUUGGCAAUGCCGUCUACGUACAAACCAUCAACCUUUCGGACCCUACUCGGAUGCCUACUGGCUCCCGUACCGAUGAGGUUGGCGAGUUUGGUCAGAUUGUCAUGGCCACUCGCAUAUGGCGCGAUGUUGUCCAGAUGUUGAUGACUACAACUACCGAGACUUUCAACGACAACGUCUGCUCCGGUCUCAUGGGAGAAAUUGAGCGCCUCCGUGCCUCUCUGUCGAUGCAGUACGUCGAUAAGCCCGGCCAGAUCAACCUUCACAUCACCAUGGGCUCUGGUUUCACGUACGCCAUGCUGCACUGCAUGCUUCACUGCGCAUCCAUCUUCAUCAACCGUCGCCGCCUGCUGCAGUAUGUCACUGCGCCUGGCUUCAACCUCGAGAGCUGGCGCCUCACCCCCCAGUGCCACGAGAUCAUUGAUAGGCUCUUUACCUCGUGCCACAGCACCAUUGCCAUGCUCACUGCUCUGGAGACUGGCUUUGACAAGGAGGGCAUCAUCUGCUUCCCCAUCUUCAUGCUCUUCUCGUCCUUCACUGCCAGUGCCACUGUUGCCUACCUGUCUCUGAAGGGCCUCACUCCUCCCAACGCGGUCGAGACUGCCGGUCAUAUUGUGCGCGACGGCCUCCACUUUAUGCAGGAUGGUGUUGACACCUGGCCCCUCAUUAGCUCGUGGCUGCGUCACCUUGCCGUCAUGCAUAGAGUGCUGGGCAAUGACGCCGUUGCUGGCAGCCCCAGUGUUGGAGGCACAUCCGUUCCUCCUACCAGUGCUCCUCCUGCCGACCAGGCUUCUGUUAAGGACGAAGCCGCUUCGAACCCAGACACCAACCCCGACGCUAUGGACUAUGACCAGGGCUCCAACUCCAACGCUGGUGCAGCCGCUCCCCCGGCUCCUGCCAACAACCACACCGCCUCCGUCAGUGAGAGUGGCCGUGAGAGCGGCCGCGACAGCGAGCCGCCCGCGCCCCAACCCCGUCGUCCCGGCGUCACUACCAUCAAUGGUGGCUCUGGCGGCGUUGGCACCCCGGCUUCCGUGAGCCCACCUCCGCCCCAGCAGGCCGAGAUCAAGCAAUCUACUGAGAUGCUGCCCCAGCCCCCCAUUGGCAAUGGCGUGGCCUCUGCUGAGCCUGCCGCCCCCGUGCCUCAGGACAUGACGGCUAGCGAGCUUUGUUCCGCGUUCGAGCGACAGCUACUCGAGCUGGACGACCUUGCUGCCUUCAUGGGUGGUGGAGUUUGA